AUGAAUGUAACUGUAUCAACUGACAUAACACCAUUAAUUACAAAAGAAAAUAAUCCAAUAAGAUCAGUUACAAAACCAAUUGUCUUCUAUGCUAUAUGGAAUACAACUGCAGGUAAUGAUCGUUCACUAUCUUUACCCGGCCAAAACACAGGUACAUAUUGGCCUGGUGAACCACCUCAAACUGCAUUAGAUGGUAAUUUAAAUACCGAAUAUUCCGAUCAUGAGAUUCAACAUUCAAAAGUAAACCGUUCAUUCUCGUGCAGUUUCGUAUGGCUACAUUCCAAAAAUUCUCCACCUCGAGAUCCAAACACAAUACCAAUUGAAUGUAGCAACAAUAAAGAAUCGGAUUUAGUUUUUGGAACAAGUUGGACUAAGAUUUAUGAUGGUGAUGCAGGUCUCGCGAAAAAUCCAGGAAGACGAGCGUAUGGUGGUACACAAACAAUAUCCAAUAAUUCGUUGUCGUUUACAAGCUAUCGUAUUCUCAUUACUUCAAAAAGAGGAAAACAUAAUUGUGUCUCUUAUUCAGAAUUUGAGAUGAUAGGACGAUUUCCUGAUUAA